CUGCCGUCGUACGACCGUUUCCUUAGUAUCCCGGGCUGUAGCGGGCUUAUUAAUAUCAUGAUGAUAAAGUUAUGAUGGAAACUAUUCAGAGAGGUUGAAUGACCUACCCGAAUUCACAAGCUAAUAAGUUGGGAAACUGAAAUUUAAGUUCAAGACUGCUUCCAAAACCCAGAUGUUCACUAAAAUCGUCUUCAGUAAUGGCCUUAGGAUUAAGGUGCUUCCGCUUGGCCCACCCCGCCUUUUGCAGCUCCCUUGCAGCCCUGACCAGACCUGUUUCAGAAGUUACACUGAAGAUGUUGAGUGGAAGACAAAAUGACCAUAGGCAAUACAUGGCCUACCCAGCUUUACCAGUCCGCCAUUUUGCUACCAAGAAAGCCAAAGCCAAAGGAAAAGGACAGUCUCAAACCAGAGUGAAUAUUAAUACUGCCUUGGUUGAGGAGAUAAUCAACUUGGAAGAGGUAGAUGAAGAAAUGAAGUCUGUGAUGGAAGCCCUCAAUGAUAAUUUCAACAAGACUCUCAAUAUAAGGACUUCGCCAGGAUCCCUUGAUCAUAUCACUGUGGUAACUGCUGAUGGGAAGCUUGCUUUAAACCAGAUUGGCCAGAUCUCCAUGAAGUCGCCACAGCUGAUUUUGGUUAACAUGGCCAGCUUCCCAGAGUGUACAGCUGCAGCUAUCAAGGCUAUAAGAGAAAGUGGAAUGAAUCUGAACCCAGAAGUAGAAGGGACACUGAUUCGGGUGCCCAUUCCCAACUUACAGUUUGAGGCCAAGAAAAUGUCCAGCAUAAGGCAUCAUCAAAGCCAAGGCAAUGCUUGCUUCCUCAGGAUCAGCUGCCAGCAGUUCUUGGCUCCACCACCACAUCGCAAGGCACAUGGUGGCAUCUGCUGAUCUCCUUUCUCUUCUGGGUUUUGUUGCUUUCACCUUCUUGCUUCUGUGGCUUAUUUCUUUGUAUGAAUUUCAUUCUCUUAUAAUAUAGGAUUA